AGAGAGAGAGAGAGAGGGGGGAGCGGGGAGGCGGCGGCCGCCAUUUCAGGGAGUCGCAGGCAGCGUCGCUCGGCCGGACUCCCCCUCCCUUCCCCCGCCCGGUGCGGGCUCGCCGGCCUCCUCCCGCCCGUCAGCCCGCGCCCUCCGCGCCGGCCGUGGGGCCGGCCGGUCACCGCGGCCUAGGUCGGAGCGCCCAACGCUAGCGGCGGCGGUGGCUGCACCGGACCGGACCGGACCGGGACCCCGCGCCCCGAGCUCCCCCCGCGCCUCCGAGCCCUCACAGGUGCGCCGCCGGGAUGGCCGACGACAUCGACAUCGAAGCGAUGCUCGAGGCCCCCUACAAGAAGGAUGAGAACAAGUUGAGCAGUGCUAACGGACACGAAGAGCGCAGCAAGAAGAGAAAAAAGAGCAAGAGCCGAAGCCACAGUCAUGACCGGAAGAGAAGCAAAAGCAAGGAGAGGAAAAGGAGCCGGGACCGCGAGAGGAAAAAAAGCAAAAGCCGCGAAAGGAAGCGCAGUCGGAGCAAAGAACGCAGGCGCAGCCGCUCCCGGAGCCGAGAGCGCCGUUUCCGAGGCCGCUACCGGAGUCCCUAUUCCGGGCCCAAGUUUAACAGCGCCAUCCGAGGAAAGAUGGGCUUGCCUCAUAGCAUCAAAUUAAGCAGACGCCGCUCCAGAAGUAAAAGUCCAUUCAGAAAAGACAAGAGCCCGGUGAGGGAGCCCAUCGAUAACCUGACUCCCGAGGAGAGAGAUGCCCGCACGGUGUUCUGCAUGCAGCUGGCGGCCCGCAUUCGGCCGAGAGACCUGGAGGAGUUCUUCUCCACCGUUGGCAAGGUCCGGGACGUGAGGAUGAUUUCCGACCGGAACUCGCGGCGUUCCAAAGGCAUCGCGUACGUGGAGUUCGUCGACGUCAGCUCGGUGCCUCUCGCGAUCGGCUUAACCGGCCAACGGGUCCUGGGGGUCCCCAUCAUAGUUCAAGCGUCCCAGGCCGAGAAGAACCGCGCGGCCGCGAUGGCCAACAACCUCCAGAAGGGCAGUGCCGGGCCGAUGCGGCUCUACGUGGGCUCGCUCCACUUCAACAUCACGGAGGACAUGCUGCGGGGCAUCUUCGAGCCCUUUGGCAGGAUCGAGAGCAUCCAGCUGAUGAUGGACAGUGAAACCGGACGUUCCAAGGGAUAUGGAUUUAUCACGUUUUCCGAUUCGGAGUGCGCCAAGAAAGCCCUGGAGCAGCUGAACGGAUUCGAGCUGGCGGGGCGGCCCAUGAAGGUGGGCCACGUGACAGAGCGCACCGACGCCUCCAGCGCCAGCUCCUUCUUGGACAGCGACGAGUUGGAGAGGACCGGGAUCGACCUGGGGACGACGGGCCGCCUGCAGCUCAUGGCCAGGCUGGCCGAGGGUACUGGCUUACAGAUUCCCCCCGCGGCCCAGCAGGCCCUGCAGAUGAGCGGAUCCUUAGCGUUCGGGGCCGUCGCGGAUUUGCAAACAAGACUCUCCCAGCAGAGUGAAGUCACGGCGUUGGCUGCCGCUGCCUCCGUACAACCACUUGCCACUCAGUGUUUCCAGCUGUCCAACAUGUUCAACCCACAGACGGAAGACGAGCUGGGCUGGGACACGGAGAUUAAGGACGACGUGAUCGAAGAGUGUAACAAGCACGGAGGAGUCAUCCACAUUUACGUCGAUAAGAACUCAGCUCAGGGCAACGUGUACGUCAAGUGCCCCUCCAUCGCGGCGGCCAUCGCGGCGGUCAACGCGUUGCACGGAAGGUGGUUUGCAGGUAAGAUGAUCACCGCCGCCUACGUCCCGCUCCCGACGUAUCACAACCUCUUCCCCGACUCCAUGACCGCCACACAGUUACUGCUUCCGGUUCGACGAUGAAGGAGGAGAGCCUAGUCCCGUUUUUGUACAUAGCUUUCUUUUUUUUUUUUUUUUUGGAGGAAUAUUCAUCCCGAGUUAUCUUUUAUUUAGGUAAAACUAAAGAGGAAAGGGUCUCUUGUCGUUCAUGUUCCACUUGCCGUUGACCACGGGAAAAAAUUCAGAAACGUCAGCAGGAGCGCCGCGCCCGGGCCAGCGGCCCCGCGGCCGUGUCGCCGCCGGGCCGCGGACGGCGGGGCGGAGGAGUCCCCGGCGCUCGGAGGGGCGGCCCUUCCCCGAGAGGAAGGCGGCGGUGGGGGUGGCGAGACCUUUUUACCGUUUUGACGAGCCUGGACCUGCGGAGCGGCGGUUCCAUCUGACCUCUCGACCCAAGCCGCCCGGGCCCUAGGGGCUGGCCGUCGUCCGCCCCGGGGGCCGGCGGGGGGAAGCCCCCGGAACAGGCGACGGACGGUCGGUCCGGCGGGGGCGGCGGGGGGAGACGGCGCGGGCCGGACGGCGAUCCUCCCCGCGCGCGGUCCGGAGGCGGGCGCGGCGGCCGGCCGGGAAGGGGAGACGGCCAGGGCCCUGGCUCUCGGUGGUAACUUUUCAAUUAACGUAUCUCGUACACGUUUCUUUGUAAAUACCGUGUGUUCUGGUGUGUCUCCGAGGCCCAAACAAAGCGAUCCCUGCCUUUCCUCGGCUCCCGGUCUCGGCGGGCGGGCGGGGCGCCGGCCCCCCGCCCCCUCGGAGCGGGGACCAGGAAGUACAGAAAGGCGUUUUGUCUGGUUGCAUAUAAUCUUUGCUCUUUUUAAGCUCUGUGAGCUCUGAAAUCUAUUUUUGGGUUACUUCAGUGUGUUGGACAAGACAGCUUGGUAUUUCUAUCAAAUGACUUUCAUAUUGCAACAAUCUUUGUAAGAACCACUCAAAAUAAAAUUCUCUUAAAAAGGC